CAACUGCAGCGGGAUAAUGUUAGGUAACUUAGAUGGCUAAAAUGCCACAGAUGCUGAUGCGAACGCUUUGUUUGUUCGUUUAGUUAGCUUGCAAACACGUUAGUGAUCAGUAUGAAUUAGUUGGCUGACGUAGGUAACACUUGUCAAUGUGACGUGCAUGUCGUGUUAUCUAGAUAGGUAGCAAACUGUCUUGGAUUUUAGGUCGUUGCUUGGUGCAGUGAGAUGACUAAACGAACACACGAGACAGAUACCAUGUCUGUCUGUUGCAGCCAACCCCGUCUGUUGUGUGAAUUGUCGGAUGGGGUUAUUGACCAGUUUUAGCCCGGCUAACCUCUCCUUGCUGCUUUAUCGGCCUGUCUGUCCGGUCACUAGGGCCCAUAAACUGUCCGUAACAUAUGUGUCGCCUAAUUACAUUGUUUCUGCAGAGGAACCGCUGACCACAGCUGCCAAAAAUCCUCCUUCCGUUUGGGAUGAGAAGAGCACAGGUGCAGCAGCAGCGUUCAGGGCUGUGAGCUCAGUGACUCUCUCUGUGGGCUCAGGAUGGCGCAGGGAGGCCCUCAGUUAGACUAUCACAUCCUGCAGGACCUCAAGCAGCGCUUCCCCGAGAUCCCAGAGGGAGUAGUGUCCCAGUGCCUUCUGCAGAACAACAAUAACCUGGAUAUAUGCUGCCACCUGCUAGCUCAGGAGAGUAACAGAUACCUCUAUGGGGAGUACCAAAGUCCGGAAGAGGUCCGCCUGAGCCGGAACCACAUGCUGCACAUCCAGCUAGGGGGCUACCCCCCCUCGGAGGCGGGCAAGGCCAACGGAGGCGGGCGCUCCCUGGUGCACAGCUCCAGUGACGGUCACAUCGAGCCCCAGCGCGUCGGCUUCACGGAGCCCCUCUCGGCCCCUGCCACCAUAGCCCCCUCGCUGGGGUACAACCCCUUCUUCAUGAAUGACCACGGGGGCCGCACGGCCAGCACCCCCACUCCGCCUCCCGUGCAGGGUAUGUCCCCUACCUACUCGCCCGUUCCUCGCUACACCAUGAACCCUAUCACUGUCACUCUGUCACAGAACCUGCCCAACGCCCCCCAGGCCCUGCAGAUCCCCGUCGGUCACUAUGGCAACAGUGGUGGUAAUGCCCUCUACAUCCGGCCCUCCCCCUCUCAGAGCCCCCAGCCCUCCCCCUGGCCCUCGUCCGGGCAGCCUGUGUAUCAGCCCUCGUCCUACACCACUCCCACCUACCAGUCCCCCUAUAGCUCGCCCCAGCACCAACCCCAACAGCAGGUGCAGCCCCAACAGCAGGUGCAGCCCCAACAGCAGGUGCAGCCCCAACAGCAGGUGCAGCCCCAACAGCAGGUGCAGCCCCAACAGCAGGUGCAGCCCCAACAGCAACCCCAGCACCAGCAGACCCAUGUCUUCCUGCCCAUCAGCCCUCCCACCCUGGCCAGCAUGCCCUACCACCACCACCAGCAGCAACAACAGCAGCAGCAGCCCAUCUACCGGCCGUACCUGCCCAAGAGCUCCCUGAAGAACCAGAUUGAGAUCACCCUGGAGGGCCCGCGGACCCGCAGCAACUCCCCCGUGCACUGCCCCCCGGGACAGACUCUCUACAUGGCUACCAGCCCCUCGCCCAGCUCACCCCAGCGGGGCCUCAGCCUGAGCGGGGGGAGCUCUGCUGCCUUCCACCCCGGGGUCUACCUGCACCAGUGCCCCGUGCGGCCCCGGCCCACCUCCUCACCCCAGCCAGGCAGCCAGGCGGGCUACACCUUUAAGAUCAAAGUGUCCCCAGGCCAGGCCCAGCAGCAGAGGCCCCUCUCAGGGUCCCCUCCAGUGGCCUCCCCUCCUGAAUCUCUGCUCAACAUGGUGGACCAGGGGGAGCAUCACGCGCUGGCCCCGGCACCCAUCCUGCCCAUCUCAGCCCUGCCCGGUAACAUCGUCAGCCACAUCGCCAAUCGCAUGCCGCGCCGCUCCAGCUCGGGCUCCGACGACUACGCUUACACCCAGGCUCUCCUGCUGCACCAGAGGGCCCGGAUGGAGCGUCUGCUGAAGGAGCUGCUGAUGGAGAGGCAGAAGRUGGAGCAGCUGAAGGCAGACGUCAACGACAUGGAGUACGACGCCCUCCAGAGACGCUUCAGGCGAGUCAACAGCAGCAGCCUCAUCCCCCGGCCUGAAGAGAUGACCCGAUUGCGCAGUCUGAACAGACAGCUUCAGAUUGAUGUCGACUGCACCCUGAAGGAGACGGAUCUGCUGCAGUCUAUAGGGAAGUUCGAUCCGCAAGCCGAGAACAACUUUUAUAAGAACAUUCAGACCGGRCCGGUGGUACCGCCCAAGCCAGGAAGAAAAGAGACUCCCUGUGUGGACAUUCUCCAAAUGUUUUUGAAAGCAUUUCCUUCUCAGAAAGAGGGGGAGCGGAAACCCAAGCCUGCUGUCGCGGGGCCCCAGAGGGACGAGGACUUUGAGGGAGCCCAGUGGAGCUGUGAAGAAUGCACCUUCCUCAACCACCCUGCACUCAACCGCUGUGAACAGUGUGAGAUGCCGCGCUACACCUGAACCUUGCCCAGCCCACACUAACACUGUCCCGGACAGUAGUCCCCCCCCCUCCUCCUUACUUCCUUUUCCUGUAAACU